AUGGAACGGGUCGCUGACGUCCCAGCACACGGCGAGUGCAAUCGGGACCCUUCUGACUUUGCUCUUACCAAUAAGAAUCUUGUUUGUUGCUACGUGUGCCGCCUAAUCAAGUCGCGCAACCAGGACAUGGCGAGAGCGCAUGAGGAGGUGACGGUGCUGUUCGCAGACAUCGCCUCCUUCACCAGCAUGUGUGGUCAGGUUCCGUCCCCCCGAGUCAUGGUGUUCCUCAACGACCUCUUCACCACUUUUGACCAGCUGGUGGAGAAGCAUCAAGUUUACAAGGUCGAGACCAUCGGAGGUACUGCAUUGUACGGCAUCGUCGUACAUAUCAUAGUACGGAAGUGUACGGGACUGAGCAAGGCCUACGGGCUACAGGUCGACCACUGGCCUCCAGGGCAGCACGGGGGGGGGCCCCGAAUGGAGUCCACGGGUGUACCUGGUGCCGUACACAUUUCUGCGGCCACGCGGGCCUUAUUGGGCGCCGCGGCCGACGGGUUUCUUUCCACGGGGGGAAUUCCCGUCGAGGGCAAGGGGUUCAUGCUCACGUACGUGUACGACCCGUGCGGCGUCACUCCGCAGCGCUCUCAAACAGUCUCCCGAACUGGAUCAGCCGAGGCGUUCAACCGACAGAUGAGGCGAAAAGGUGUAGGUAGGUACCCGCUUGUACUGUACUGCAUUCCCUAA